AUGAAUUCAUGCAGCACUAUAUCCGUGCCCCUUCCCACACACCGACUUGCCUCCUCUGCCCUCCGUGCGCUACAGGUAGACCUUGAGCUAUCACCGCUGGUCAAGCGCACAUUCCGUCUCACAAAUCCCGAGUCAUCCAGCACCAUCACACAACAAACUGAAAUACAAGUAAACCGGACAGCAGGGGAACCUAAAACUGGACAGACUGCUACUGACGACAAUGUAGAUGCCAGUGAUGAGAGCUUAACGGUUUUGGAGACUGAAUACAGAGCCACUACCAACCGAAUGCUGCGUGUGGCGGUAAACGCCUUUAUGGACUCUCUAGGCGUUGUCGUCGGCGUGAUGGAAGAGCUGGACGUCGACGUCCUAGGCAAUGAAUUGGGGAAGCCGUAG